AUGGCCACCGUAACCAACGGCGGCGGAGACAAACCAAAACCACCAAGGCCCAAACGAAUUUGCUUCUCAUUCGCAGCCUACGCCACCGACCUCAUCGAACGCCUCAAAUCCACCAACGCUGUGGUCGAGGAAGGCCUCUCCGACACCGAAUUCUCAUCCAUCGAAUCCAAUUUCGGAUUCACCUUCCCGCCGGACCUCCGCGCCAUCCUCCAACAAGGCCUCCCAAUCUCGCCUGGAUUCCCCAAUUGGCGCUCCUCCUCCGGGCAACAGCUCCUCAACCUCCCCGCCUCCUCCAUCCUCCGCCGUGUCUCCAAUAAUCAAUUCUGGCAUCCAUCAUGGGGCCCGCACCCGGAGGAUCCAGUCCAAGCCGCGCGCCGAUUAUUGAGCGACGCGCCGCGACUUGUUCCAAUCUACCGGCAUUGCUACAUGCCUUGCUCCCCUAACGUCGCCGGGAACCCUGUUUUCCACAUCGAUCACGACGGGCACGUCAGAGUAGUGAGUUUCGAUGUGGCUGGAUUCUUCUGUGAGGUGUCGAAGGAGGAGGGGCCGGUGUGGGCAGCGACGUCGGCGAGGAGGAUUGGGUUCUGGUCGGAGGUGGCGGACGGGAGGGGGUGGAGGUGGUGGUGGUUGGGCGGUGGUGGUGAGAAGGCGAAAUUGGGUGGGUGUUUGGAAGGGGUGUGGCGGAGGUUGAGGGAGGGAGGGUGGAAGGAGGAGGAGAUACGGGAGAUGAUGACGGUGGCGACGACGGAGGAGGAAGGGAAACGGAAGUUACGGAACCGGUUGAAAGAUAGAGAGGCGAUGACGUGGCACGUGAGAGUUUUGUCGAUGAUUUUGCUGCGUGCGGGAUGGAGCAGGGAAGAUGUGGUGUACUCGCUUGGGGAUGAAGGAAAUUCAUGGUUGGAAUAUCAUCAAAAUCAACACUGA